AUCCGUCGCCAAAGCAACGAACCCCAUCACCCCCAAAAUCCCUCCAGAUUCCAAGACCAAAUCCACCGAAACGCUCCACCUCGCCUUCCGCCUCAUCGCCACCGUGACUUUUAACGCCGGAGCCACCGCGAUGCGCCGCGGCCGCUCCUCCUCCUCCUCGUCGCCGUCCAACCCCUUCCACGCCUUCGCCUCCACCCUCCCGUUCCUCCCCUCCCCGUCCCCACCCCACGCCUCCGCGGCUCCCCACCUCGCCGUCCCGCUCAUCCUCCCCGUCGCCUCCGCCUCAGCCGCCCCCGAGGCGGGCCGCGGGGCUCAGCCGGUGCCGGGCGCGCGGAUGGACGCGGCGUCCGGCGGGAAGGCGGCGGGGGGUGGUGUGGGGAAGGGCGGGGGCCCCGCGUUCGUGGGGCAGGUGUUCACCAUGCUCGACCCCUCCGGGAACGGCCUCAUGGCCGUCACCACCCGCUUCGAGCUCCCCCAGUUCCUCGCCAGCAGGACUCCUAUGUGGUUCAAGAGGAUCUUAUCACCAUUGAAGAAGAAUGAAAAUGGUCCAGUAUUUAGGUUCUUUAUGGAUUUGAAUGAUGCAGUAUCCUAUGUUAAGCGGCUAAAUGUGCCAAGUGGUAUGGUGGGGGCUUGCCGCCUUGAUGUAGCAUACGAGCAUUUCAAGGAAAAGCCUCAAAUGUUCCAGUUUGUUCCUAGUGAAAAGCAGGUUAAAGCAGCCAAUAAGCUCUUAAAGUCUUUUCCACAAAGGAGCAGAAGGAAAAAACUUGAUGGUGUUCCUGUCUUUAGUGCUCAAAACUUAAAUAUUGCAGUGGCUACAAAUGAUGGAAUUAGAUGGUAUACACCAUAUUUUUUUGAUAAAAACUUGCUGGACAAUAUCCUUGAAGCUUCAAUGGAUCAACAUUUUCACUCGAUGAUCCAAAAUCGACAUACACGACGUAGGAGAGAUAUUGUUGAUGACAGUUUGACAUCAGAAAUGAUUGAAGAAAGUGCAGACAGCUUGCUUGAGCCCCCAGAGGUACAAGAAUUGAUGAAUGAGAUUGGUCCAGUUGGAAUACCGUUAAGCAUUGUAACAAAAGCAGCGGAGAUUCAGUUUCUUGAUGUUGUUGAUAAAAUGCUUCUAGGAAAUAAGUGGUUGAGAAAAGCUACUGGCAUACAGCCACAGUUCCCUUAUGUUGUCGACUCAUUUGAAGAAAGGACUGCUGCUGCAAUUGACAGGGCUGCUACUGCCAGUAGUAGUUUUACUGCUUCGGAGGAUGCCAACUGCUUCCAAAAUAGUAAAGAAUCACAAACUUUGGAGUCAGACUUUCAUAACAGCAACCGCGGAAAACACGAUAACUCAAAUCAUGGCCAACCUCAGUUCCCCUUUAGCAAUCUGCUUCCUAAUAUAUGGCCAGGUCAUGAUAGAAGUUUCAAAGCACAAGGAAGAGACAGAACAUUCAGAAGAUGUGAUGCCAGCAUCAACGAUGUACAAGCCAACCCUCUUCUCCCCAAAAUCACGAUGGUUGGCAUCUCAAUGGGUGAAGGUGGACAGAUGAGCAAAGCGAACUUGAAGAAGACAAUGGACGACUUGACUAAAGAGUUAGAACAAGCAGGCGAGAAAACUAUCUUUAGCGACGAGAAAGACCCGUUGUUUGUUGCCAACGUUGGUGAUUACUCAAGGAUAACUAAGAUUAGCUCUGCAUGAGACCGAUGAAUACCAGCUAUACAUGUCGCACAUACUAAAUUUCUAACAAAACCAGCCGAUAGUUUAUUUUAAUAAGCUAAUCUGGAAGCAUAGAUAUAGUUCUGUAAAUGUAUAUUACCACCUCCUAGGAUUUCCAGAUAUGGUUCACGGUUAGAUGUUGGUUGUGUUCACAGAAGUUGUCCAUGUAUGUAGUUCAGAAACAAGAAAGCAGGAAAGUACUUUUCUGAAUUAGCUAUGAACUAUAUGGUGAUUGAAUAUCAAGCAUUGAAAUUUGAAACAACAUACUGUUGUGUUGUUAGGUUGAACGGGGAAUGCGUAAGGUGCUU